UUUCUCGAUCUCACUCUACAAAUCAAAACCACAAAUCUCACAUACUUUGACCCCAUUGAGCCUACCAUCACUAAACCCCCCCAUUCUCUCUCUUUCAUUCCCAUUGCUGCCCCACGCUGAUAUUUUUCGGAUGAAAACACAUUGAUCAGAAGCAGCCUCUCUUUUUAUAGGGGAAAAAGGCUAAAGAACUAUCCUUUUCUCUUUCUUUCUCUCUCUUCCUUUUGUGUUUCACUUUGAAACCCUAAUACAGGAUCAUUUCAUUCUCAAUCUUAGUAAUCCAAAGCCCAGGUCACAGAAGCAAGAAAAAGAGAGCAAAAACUUCUCUCACCCUCACAAACAGAGUAACUCAUAUUCACAACCUCUCUGAGAGUAUUAAAUACACCAUCAUCCGUGGGCUGUUUAUUCCCUUGUUUACGUAACACCCUUUUGCACAAACACAGAUUAAGGAAAAGUGAGGCAAGCACUGUGUGCUGGUCGCAGAUCAGAGCCAUAAAGACGUUGGUGGGUGGUGCUACUUUCUCAAACAAAACCUACCUAUAUAUCAUCUAACUAGCUUUUCCUUCCACAACCGGAAAAAUCUCUCUCUUGUUAUGCUCCCAUACCUCAUUCCGUAGCACCCUCUUAAAUUCAUAUGGGUAUGUGCAAGUAAGUAAUCAAAAUCUCUGCACUUGUCUCCUUCACGUCUUUCCAUUUUCUGCUCUCAUGGAUUCGGGUAACACUAGUGGGAGUAUGCAAUCCUCAAGCGGUGGUGAAGAGGAGUAUGAUUCACGCGCCGAAUCAUCAUCACUCUCUGUGUUCUUAAACAACCAACUACCACCAAGCCAAGUUGCUCCCUUCGGCACUGGCACUACUACUAACCUCCAAAACUUGCAUCCACUGAUUACCCCUCCUCACCACCAAAAUACCCACAUGUUCGACCCUUUAUCAAACUUGUUGGAUCCAGUUACACAAAGAUCAACAUCACUUUCCAACACAAACUCGGAGUUAAACCUUGAUGUGAUGUGGUCCAAGCCUGGUAGAUCCGAACCCAACCUAACCGAUCUUGGUGGCAUGAUAAUACCUUGUUCAUCAUCCUCACCCUCGUCCCAGAACCACGCUUUUCUUUCAAGACAAACAAGAGGCAGCAAUACUAAUGCUUUUUCUACCACACAUCAAAUCUUGCCUCAUGAAAGUGGUUCCCGAGGAUUAAUGCUUUCGGUGUCAGCCGCCAACAAUGAUCAAACCCACAACAACAGCAACGUGGUUCGAAACCCAAAGAAACGGUCCAGAGCCUCGAGGCGUGCACCUACCACUGUGCUAACCACAGACACCACAAAUUUCCGAGCCAUGGUUCAGGAAUUCACUGGCAUACCCGCACCACCCUUCACUUCCUCGCCUUUCCCGAGAACCAGGUUGGAUCUCUUUGCUUCUGCUGCUUCAUCAACUUUGAGAUCCAAUUCCAACCCUCUGGACCCUUCAACAACUCCUCCUUAUCUUCUUCGCCCUUUCGCGCAGAAACUUCGAAAUCUUCACCCUUUUCCUCACUCCUUUUCCACGGUGGACAACUUGUUACUCCCUUCUAAUAACUCAACUAACUCUACUACUAAUUCAACUUCCAUUAACUACCAACAACUACUCAACUUUAACAUGCAAAACCCGGUUCUCGGCUUUCAAAACACUGCUCUUCAAGCAUCACCCAAGUACCCUCUUGGCCAUUCUUCUCUUCUCGCCUCCAAAACCCAACCUUCUUUGGAAAUUCCGCAGAAUCUCAAAAUGGGGGUCUUCGAGGAAUUGGGGUUGAGACACGACCAUGUUAACACCGACCUCAACUGUCUUCAUCAGACCAUGGUUUCGUCAACAUCGGUUGGAGUGGGAGCAUUGUCAAGUGGCAACAACAAUCACUUGAGUAAUGACUCUUCAACGGAAUGGGCCCAAAGAACGGGCACCAUUACCAACAAUGAUUGUGAUCACGGUGGAGAAGGAGGAAUUCUCAGUGGCACUGUCAGCUACAGUGAUAUUGCAGAGCGAGUCACUAAUGGCAAAGUACACUACUCAGCUUCUUCUUCGUCUGGUUUUCAUGGAGAGAAGGGGCCAGAGUUCACUGUGCCCGCAAGAAGCCAAGGUAUGGUGGAAUCUUGGAUUAAUUGUUCUUCUGAUUAAAGUGCCUCACCGAAAGAUCGAAACGAUGGACCAAGAAACAGAAUAAGAAGAAAAGAGAUUGAUAUUUGUGAUUUCAUAAAGUUUAAAGCAACUAAUGGUACUAAUACUAUGGCAGUAUAAUUCUAAUGCAUGAAAGAGAGAAUCUUGGUAUCCUCAUCUUAACUAUGACCAUCAAAUUAAUUAAAUUAAACACUGCUUUAAUUUAUUUUUUCUUUUCAUUGUAUUUUGGGUCCCCUCAAAUUAUGUGUAAAUAAGUAACAGCUAGCUUGUCUUUCUCUCUUUCAUUCUCUCUCUCUCUAUUAUUUUCUCUUUUCACUCAAAUUUUGAUUUGUGCUUUUAAUCAUAUAAACACGCCUUUAUGCAAAAGGAUCCUGGUGGUUUCAAAGUGUUUAUCACUUUAUUGUGUCUCUGCUAUGUCAAUCGGUGUGAGAUUAUUAUAUAUGGAUCUUGGUUUUGACUUGCUUGAGUUUAUAAGAGAAAUAAAUAUAUAGUCUGCUGCGUUGAUUGAACACAU